CAAGUGGUUAGUUAUCCUAUAUAGUUAGCUGGAUUUACUAGCUUCUGCAUGGUACAUACCAAUAGUGGAUCAACGUAACCCAUCUAUAAGAUCGAUCGUCCCGGCGAGCUAGCUAGCUACAUUGAUACAGAGAUCAGAGAUGCAGGUGCCGCAGAUCGCCCUGCUGCUGGUGCAGCUGGCGGUCAUGGCGUCCCAAGCUCUGGAGAUGGGUUACUACGCGGCGACGUGUCCUGACGCGGAGGCGAUCGUGCGGCAGACGAUGGAGCGGCAGCACUACAACGACCCGACCCUCGCCCCGGCCAUCAUCCGCAUGCUCUUCCACGACUGCUUCGUCCGGGGCUGCGACGCCUCGGUCAUGAUCGUGCCCACGCGGACGCGCUCCUCGGAGCGCGUCGCCAUCCCCAAUCAAACGCUGCGGGGCUUCAACGCCGUCGACGCCAUCAAGCGCGCGCUCGAGUCCGCCUGCCCCCGGACCGUCUCCUGCGCCGACGCCCUCGCGCUCAUGGCGCGGGACGCCGUCGCGCUCCUCGGCGGAAACCCCUACGACGUCCCGCUCGGGCGCCGCGACGGGUUGCAGUCCAACCCGUGGGAGGUGGACCUCCCACCGCCCUUCGCCAGGCUCGACGACGCGCUCCGGGCCUUUGCCGCUAGGGGGUUCUCCUCCGAGGAGACCGUCGUGCUCUUCGGCGCGCACACCGUCGGCGGCGCGCACUGCUCCUCCUUCCGCUCCCGCCUCACCAACCCCGACGGCAUCAUGGACGAGCGCCUCCGCUGCGACAUGCUCGACACCUGCGGCGCCGCCGACCUGCCGCUCGACAAGGACCCAGUCCCAUUCCUCGAUCCCGACACGCCAUUCGUCGUCGACAACAACUACUAUGCGCAGCUCAUGAGCAACAAGACGCUUUUGCAGGUCGACCAGGAGGCCGCCACGCACCACGCCACGGCCGCCCACGUCGCGUACUACGCCGCCAGCCCCGACGCGUUCAUGCAGAGGUUCUCCGAGGUCAUGGCUAAGCUCAGCAACGUCGGCGUGCUCGAGGGCGACGCCGGCGAGGUCAGGAAGGUCUGCUCAAAGUAUAACACUGAUUGAAGUCUUG